AAUAACAAACCUACUUUAACUAUAACCUAUUUUAACACACUGUUAUAAAGCAAAUUUCUCUUUGAUUAAUUUUUUAAAUAAUUAUUAACUAAUACUGUUUUAGAUUCAUAAAUUUGGAGCAAACUCUUGAGAGGUGACUGAUAAUUAUCGGUAACGACCCGUUUUUCUAUGUGAUAAAAGCUUAACGGUUAGCCGCUUACUUAUCGACAUAACCUCUUCUGCAUGUUCAAUUUAUUUAUAUACAAUCUAAUUUAACUUUUCGAAUCGGAUUAUUGUUAGUUUUCUAUCCAUUUAUUCAGUGGAAUAUUCUAAUUGUAUAUGAUAAAACGUAUAUAUAAAAUAAAAAUAGCACUCAAAAAAUAUAAUUCUUGUAAAUUUCUUGGUGAAUUUAUCAAGUAAUCAUCAAAAAAGAUAGAUUGCAUUUGUUUUUGUGACUGCAAGAAUAAAAAAUAAAUAAUAAUGUCAGGGCCAAUGGUACUGUGCCAGCUAUGGAUGGGUGGUUUGGAACCUUAUAUGACUGAGAGUUUCAUCAUGAAUGCAUUUCACAAGAUGGGUGAGCAACCACAGACAGUGAAGGUAAUGCGGAAUAGAUACACUGGCGAGCCUGCAGGAUAUUGUUUUGUACAUUUUCCAACUGAUGAAAUGGCACUCGAUGCAAUGCACAAAUUAAAUGGCAAAGUAAUACCUGGUUCGAAUCCUCCAGUGCGGUUCCGCUUAAAUCAUGCUAGCACCACAGGAAAACCUGCUGCUGAAAGAGAAUUUAGCAUUUGGGUAGGCGACUUGUCCACUGACGUAGACGAUUACUCCUUAUACAGAGCAUUUGCCGCAAAAUAUAAUUCAAUUAGGACAGCAAAAGUUAUUUUGGAUAGUUCUGGAUUUAGUAAAGGAUACGGUUUUGUCAGAUUUGCAAAUGAGGAGGAACAGAAGAAUAGCCUUAUCACCAUGAAUGGUUAUAGAGGGCUUGGUACAAAAUCUUUGAAAAUCUGCAACGCUGUGCCUAGACCGUGGAAUAAAAUAUCCGGUUCAACACCACCACAAUCAACCUCUGAUUAUCCACCUUCAAACAUGAAUUCAGAGGCAUAUAAUUAUUACGAUACAUCAUCUUAUUGGAAUAGUUACAGUGCUUGGCAACAAGGCUAUUAUGAAAGUGAACCAACAUCAGAUGCUUACAACAGCUAUGUAUCGGAUCAAAAACCUGAGGAAGAUGAAUUAGAACUAAUUGAGCAUUCCAUCCCCAUUGAUAUUGACAAGGCAAAUAGAGAAAUAAUCGAACAGGACUACAAUUUGUGGGACGCUUUGGAAAGUUCAAAAUGGAUUCCCUGCGACACUAUAGAACUGUGCUACUAAUUAUUGGAAAAAAAAUUAUGCGCGGCUUAUACCGAGAAAUCA